AUGCAGCUUCAUCUUUCCGCGAUCACUGCCGAUCUUAGCAACGCAUUCCUCUCCUACAGCUGUGCAUUCGCGCCAUUCCCUCCGGCCACCACUGACUUGUUCACGGCCGAACCAGCAACAACGGCAGCGGGUGUCGCGAACAGCGAGACCAUGAGCGCGCAGGCAGAACUACAAAAAUUGAACAAGCUGAACGCGGUUUCGUAUCAGCGGUUCGUGCGGGCGUUCAAGAUGGUCCAGGCCGCGCAAGACAAAAGCUGCGAGACCGAUCUGAUCAUGCUUAUGAACAAGGUCGAUACGAACAACCUACUGGAGUACAACCACCUCAUGCACAUACUCACCAAGGUGCGGUACAAGCCGGUUCUGGUCAAUACGGCGGGGAUCAACCUGCUGGACCGGAUGCGCAAGAGAGGAAUCUACCCGGACACGGUGACGUACACCUCCUUCAUCAACCUGCUCAAGAAGGACCGGAAUGCCGACAAGGCCUGGCUCGUCUUCCGGCGGAUGCGCGAGGAGAAGGUGCAACCCAACGAGUGGACCUACUCGACGAUGGCGCACAUCUGCGCACUCAAGCGCAACCCGAAGGCCGCCGAAGAGCUCCUCGGGCUGAUGGAGGAGGACCGCGUGGUGCCGAACUUCAUCGUGAUGGCGGGAUUCGUCGACGCGUUCCUGGCCGCGGGCCAGGUGGAGCGCACCUGGGAGCUCAUCGACUCGAUGCGAAAGCAGCAUCGAGUGCGGCCCAACAGGUUUACGCUCGACUACAUCAUGAAGAGCACGCUGAGGGAAAACAAAGAGUGGGAUGCGUGGGUGGAGCAGCACGGCGAGGCCUCGGCCACAGUCGCGACUACGCCGCCGGCGGAAAGCGACACGGAGAGCGGAGCGACAUCAAGCGUCAGCGAGCGCGAGGCCGGUCACGCCAGUGACGCGGUGUCGAAGAAGCUGGAGCGGGUGAAGCUGGUGCUCCGUUUCCUGCGAAGGGAGCACGGCCUCACGCCGUCGACGAAGACGUUCAACGCGCUGAUCGCCUGGUGCACGAAGGGCAAGCGGACCGAAAUCGAACUCGCCUGGCGGCUCAAGCGGCUGAUGAAGGCGUAUCGCCUGCGACCCGACAACGUCACCUACGUGCCGCUGCUGAACUACUACGUCAAGCAGUUGAAGGCCCGCUCCACGGACAGCGACAUCGACUACGCGGAGCCACAACCACGACAAGGUGACGAAGACGGAGAAGACGAAGGAGAAGGAGAAGAAUGCGAUGACGGUAGCAGGUACGAGGGUGGUUCGUCCGCCGACGCCGGCGAACCGGGAGUUGAAGAGCCGUACGACGGGAUACAGAGAACAUUGCAGGACAUGCAGGCCGAAGGAGUCGAGAGCGACCCUGCCACGACGUUCACGCUGAUUAUCGACGCACACGCCGCGAGUGGCGACGCGGAAAGAUGCUUCGGAGCCUACGCCGAUAUGCGCCGCGAUCAGGUCAUGCCCACUGUCGCCACGUACGCGACUCUCUUGCGGUUUUGCGAGAAGCACGGCAACGUGGAGAAGGCGUGCGCGCUGUGGGAGGACAUCAAAGCGGACCAGAUCCGUCUGCCGUGGAACGUGAUCUGCUUCCUGCUGCGCGCCACUCUUACGAACAACAAGACCGAUACGGCGUUCCGUCUCGCGGAGGAGCUGUCGCAGUUGUACAAGCCGCAGUUCGUGUACAGCCAGCUGCUGACCAUCUGCGACCAGCUGGCCGACGUGUGGCAAGCCGAGCGCGUAUGGCGGGUGAUGCGGGCCAAGAAGAUCCCCGUCUACGCCCGCACCAAGCAGCUCCUGGCCGACUUCGGGCUCAACCCCGACGAGCCCCACCACACAUAG